AUGGAGGGAGAACCCUUCACCUCAGCUCUCUCCUCUCUGCUGUACUCAUCUGGGGGACACUUUGUGGCCCUCUCCUCCGCCUCCUUGUCCUCCUCCUCUUCAUCUUCUGAUUCUGCUGUCACUGUCAUGUCCCUGGAGCAGAAGACAACUUUCGCCCUCGUUAUUCUCCUCUUCAUAUUCCUUCUCAUCCUCAUCGUACGAUGCUUCCGUAUCCUGCUGGACCCGUACCGGAGCAUGCCAACCUCCACCUGGGCAGACGGUCUGGAUGGUCUUGAGAAGGGCCAGUUCGACUACACUCUGGCCUAGAGUUUUGUAUUAAAUAUGC